AUGCGACUAUUGAUGCGCACCUUCAAGAAGCUCCACCGAAAACAAUCCGUCGCGCAUUUAUCGAUCCUUUGCCGAGGGAAACCCAUCAGUCGCGAGGAUCUCUUUCUUUACACCAACGGAAGAUUCCUCGCGGACGAGCAGCAUCAGUAUGAACGCCGCUACCGCAAGUUCGACGUGGACGCGCUCUGCGGUGUAGCCGCUGCGGUGGGUCGAGGCCGAUCUCCGAUCAAAACUGUAGAAAAGCUUGAAGGCGGCUUCAGCAAGGCGCUUCUCAUGACCAAAGAAGAUGGAGAGGCACUCAUCGCGAAGAUCCCCUGCCGCAUCGCGGGACCAGCCUUCCUCACGACAGCAGCUGAGGUCGGCGCAUUGGAGUACUUACGGAGGCACACCACAAUUCCGGCUCCUCGGGUACUCUCAUGGUCACCAGAUGAAGCCAAUCCCGUUGGCGCCGAGUAUAUCGUUAUGGAGAAAGCCCCAGGCGUCCCGCUGUUCGAGGAAUGGCGCGAGAUGACCGAAUACGACAAGUUGGAGCUCAUCAAAGGCUUGACCAAGCUUGAAGCGCAGCUCUCCGCCACCUCCUUUCCUGCCUUUGGCGGGCUGUACCUGCAGUCAGAUGCGAAAGGGUUCAAUCAUCAAGACCUUGAUGGCAGCGAGCUCUGUGUCGGCCCUUCACCGGACCGCUCAUUUCACAACCUGGACUCCCCCCUGGCUAGCACAAUUGAUCAGGGCCCUUGGAACACAGUAUCCGAGCUCGGUAUCUCAUUAGCGAAACAAGAACUCUCCCGGAUUUCAACUAAGACUACAGUAGAGCAAGAAAUAUCUCACCAACCAGGGUCACAGGGGGGAGCCCGACUCCUAGAAAUCACCAUCAGUCUGAUGAAGACGCUCGACUCGAACACAAUCCUAGCCAAACACUCCCAGCCGACAUUAUGGCACACAGACCUGCACAUGGGGAACAUCUUCAUCGGCCCGGAGGAAAAGUCCAAGAUCACGGCCUUAAUAGAUGUUCAAUCCCUAUCGAUUCUCCCGUUCUUCCUUCAGGCACAAUGGCCUGUCUUCUUGAAACCUCCUCAAGACUAUCCGUACCCCAAGGGCUUCGUUCAGCCUUCCCUCCCAGCCGAAUUCGAUUCGUUCUCCGCCGACGAAAAGCACGCGGCUCAACAGGAAUGGAUGGCAGCGAAGAUGGCAAAGGCAUACGAAGUCUCAACGUUCCUAGAGAACAGAACCGCAUACCACGCAAUGAACGUCCCGCGUGUGCUUCGAGAGCUCUUUAUCCGUCUCGGUGAGGUAUCGGAUGUCGGGGUCGUCCCGUUACGAGAGUGUCUUAUUGAGAUUUCCCGGAGCUGGGCGGAAUUGGGCUUCGAGGGGGAGUGUCCGUAUUCGUUCACGGCUGGGGAGAUCGAGUCCCAUGAGCGGGAGUUUGAGAAGUACCGGGAGUGGAAUGAAGUGCAGCAGCUUGCCAUGCAGUGUCUGGAUACGGAUGCGGAGGGGUGGAUUGCGCCGCAGGUGGACUUUGAGGAGAAGAUGAGGCAGAAUAGAGAGUUGCUGAGGUUGUAUACUGAGAAGGUUGCGGAGAGGGGGGUGAGCGAGGAGGAGGCGAGGGCCAUCUGGCCUUUUCCGGUAGAGGAUUGA